AUGCGCAAACACUGCCUGCAACGGCAACGAAAGGCGAUGGACUCAAAUGAUGAUGCUGGAUUAUCCUGUGGGGAUCAUAUCUCUUCCACGACGAAAGAUGAAAAGGAGGAAAAAGGGAAGGUGGUGGCGAAAGAAGAGCCGACUGGUGAUGGUGAAUCGAGGUCGCCGCAGCAAGAGGCCACUGUGCGCCAAAUGCGGCAAGGCAAUCCGCUUACGGCUGAGAGUGAAGAUUUGCCGUCCCAUGUACCUGAGACCAGCAGUGAAAAACACACGACUGACCUCAAAGAAGAGGACGCUGCUCGCGAGACAACAGUGGGUUUAGAUACCACUCCUGCUCCACACAAUGGCGCCGAACGGAAUUCCACGAAGGGCAUCCCCAAGACUUCUUAG